GCACCUGCAGAGGCACCGGCAGAGGCACCGGCAGAGGCACCGGCACCGGUGGUAGCAGAAACGACCCAAGGCUCUGAGGGAACGGAGGACAACUCCAGUAAACCUUCCGACGUGAAUGCUACUAUCGAAACCAAGACGGAGGCACCAGAGACGGCCCCAGGGUCUGAAACAACGGCGGACAAUUUCAGCAAGCCGGUGGAUGCGAGCAACACCACCGAGACCACCGAAACCGUCGACACCAAGCCAACGCCUGAGCCGGCUCCAGCAGUCCCCAAUGAGACGCACAUCAAGUUGCAAGCAGAGUGGGAGGAUAAGGUUGGAGGGGUUUGCUGCUACAAUGGUGCCAGUGUGGAUGACAUUUGUGGCACCUGCUUCCCUGCUGCCAUUGCAGACUUCGAAAGCACCUGCGCUGCCGGCCGCUGGAAGUGCGACAGCUGUGGCGGUGCCUGGUGCGAGCCCAAGUGCGUCAUCAGCGCGCAAGACCCCAAGAACAUGUGCAACACGGCCUUCGACUCAGGCAUUGCGGAGAGCAACAGCACCUGCGGCAAGAGCCACGCGGGUUGCAGCGCCUGCGGCGGCGAGUGGUGCCGCACAGGUGUCAAGAAGCUCGCCGGUGGUGCUGGCUCGGUCAACGAGAACACGGGUGCCGCAAGUGCCGCAAAUGCAGUGGCAACGGGUGGCUUCUGCUGCUACCGGGGAGAUUCCUUCGCGAAGGACAUGUGCACAGCUUGCCUGGACGUUUCCCAGGACAUCAACUGUGCCAGCAAGUCCAAGUGCGGUACUUGCGGAGGCAAUUGGUGCGCAGCUCCCAGGUGUGUGACGGCCUACAGCGACAAGGCUGACGCUUGCCACUCCGCGUACGGACCGAGCAGCGUCGCCCAUGUGAACAACUAUUGCAGCAGCUCCGAGAACACAUGCAUCAACUGCGGCGGCGCUUGGUGCAACUCCGACGACAUCACCUUUGCGAACGGAGCCAAGUUCGACCCGGAUGGUAGCAGCAAGCCGAAGCCUGAUGAUGACGAUGACGCCCAAGAGGAGUCGGAUGAUGACGACGAAGAUGAGGACGUUGAGGACGAUCCUGACUUCGACCCUGUUGACGGCUUCAAGCCUCUGGUUGACCUGCAAUGA